AUGUCUGCUUCAAAUCAACAAGAAUCAUUUCCAGAAUUAGUUGGACGCACUCCUCAAGAAGCUGCUGAUCAUAUUUCUAGUCGAGGUUUAAUGCCUAUUAUUGUCAAGGUUAGUCAACCUAUAACAAUGGAUUAUUGUGCAAGUCGUGUACGUAUCAUCACUGAUGAAGAAGGAACAUCCGUUCUUAUAGCACCUACUAUUGGUUAA